AUGGCUCGGAUGGAAGAAGGUGUAACGAAGGCCGCUGCCAAAUAUACUGAAGGCUACGAGGCUCUCGUUCACCUCAAAGGCAAACGUUACGCUCCCGAGUUUCAAAAAUUGGACAAGGCCCAUUUGAACACUCGUAUCGAAAUCGAGAGUGACGAAGAUGCAGCAAGAAGCUUACGAACAGCAGACGGAUCGCGACCUACGAGAGAGGAGACUGCUGCAAAAAAGAAGAAAACCAAGACGGCGCCAAUUUCCUGGAUUUGGGCAGCAGGCGGGCAGGCCGACGGGGUUGAACUUCAUGACUGUGACUAUGCGUGUCGAGUGGGCAAAAGCACACGUGCACGGAAGGAACGCUGGAACGAGGAGGUUGAAUUGUUGCGAGAGGAGAUGAAGCGGGUCAUGCGAUCAUUGAAGUGGGAGGCUUCAGAAUGGCAAAAACGAGCCGACGAAGUUCGUUCAGACGUUGAUGGAACGACGGCGGCUGGAAUCCGAGCUUAUGCGCUGCGUAACGUGUACCUGCAUACUGAAUUUAUAGUGCGCUUUCGAGAGGAGUGGGACAAAACAAUGGGAGCUGCUGUCCGUCAUUGGGCAGCAGAGGAGGAGCGGGAAAUAUUAGAGGGAACAUUUAUGGCAGAGGGAAUGUAG